AUGGACGUGAAAAAGGCCUUAGACGUCGAGACGUCUGCUCAACACAAUAGCCACAAUCACCUCGUCUUGAUCCCUCAUCCCAGUCCCCACCCUCGAGACCCCUUGAAUUGGACUUUGAGGCGGAAGUAUGUCAUUCUCUCCGUUCUAUGUCUUGCCUCCUUCUCUGGCGCAAUUGCGCCGCUGUCGGGACAGCUCAAUCUCGCGGACCAGGAGAAACUGUACGGCAAAUCCAAAAUACAGGAGUCGUACGCGAACUCUGCCGCGUUGGCUGGCAUGGCCGCUGGCCCAUUCUUCUUCGCCCCAAUCUCUCACCUUCUGGGCCGAAGCUCCGUCAUCUUCUGGUGUAUUCUGUGCACACUAGCCUGCCAGGUCUGGGGUGCUGUCAUGACCCACUCAGAUGACUACAUUCCCUAUAUCAUGUCGCGACUCUUCGCGGGCUUCUUUGGCGCUGUUCCUACGGUGCUAGGCCCACGCAUCGUCACCGAUCUUUUCUUCCUGCACGAACGUGGUCGGGCAUUCACUGCUCUACAUAUGGCCUUUUUGUUCGGUACUAUAGCUGGACCCACUUUCUCCGGGUUUAUCUCGGCAGAUGUAUUCUUCCCCGUGGAGUUCUGGUGGACUGUUGGUCUUCUGGGUUUCACGCUCAUUUGCUGUUUCCUGCUCCUUGAGGAAACUGGCUUCGACCGCAGAUGCUUGGAAAAUAAUCCAGAGACUCCAGGGGGACUUAUCGCGAAUCGGUUUGCGACCUUCUUCUUUGGGCAGAGCGUUGUGUUGCCGACUACUUGGAAAGAAACUGCCAAGAUUGGUGUUACCCCCUUCCUCAUUGGAAUUUGUCCAGUGACUAUAAUCAUGGGCAUUUUCACGCUGAUCUCAUUUGGAUUCUACGUCGGCGUCAACGCCUUGACACCCGUGUGGCUUCAGAAACCCGUCGCAGAAGGCGGCUACGGCUUCACGCUUAAGCAAAAUGCCGCAUUUACUUUCUGCCACUGGAUCGGUAUCAUAGUCGCAUUCUUCUUCGGACACGAACUAAAUGACCGCGUUCCGCUCGCUCUGGCACGACGCUUUAACAAUGGAGCAUGGAAGCCCGAGUAUCGCCUGCACGUCCUCUGGCUCCCAAGUCUCAUCAUCAACCCGAUCGGUCUAGGAAUCUUCGGUGCGGCGUUGCAGUACCACCUUCACUACAUGGUCCUCGCUCUGGCUGUGUUCCUUGUCACCAUUGGAUCCCUGUCCAGCGUCCCCGUCACCGUAAAUUACGUCGUUGAAUCCUUCACCAAGUAUCCCGCCGAAGCGGGUAUCGUGAUCGGUGCAUACCGCAUCGUCUACGGGCUGACUAUUACCUUUUAUAUCAACCCCUGGGUCGCGGCCGUGGACGUGGGCUGGGUAUACGGCAUGAUGGCCUUCUUUGCCGUCUUCUCGUUCUUCUUCGUCAUGCUUCUUAUGUGGAAGGGACAUGCUAUCCGGGGAAUACAGUUUACUAGACUGGCUUCCAGUGAGGAGGGAGAGAAGUUGAUCGAGUGA